AAGAUGAAUUUACUUACUGACCGGACUCUACGCCUGAGGAAAAGUAGUCGGGCUGAUGUUUUUGUCGCCCCACAAGAGGUAGUAAACAUAUUACAAAGACAUGUACAUUUUUUAUUAACUUAUUUAUCAUACUUUGUGUUUUAAUUGUAUGUAUUUUCUUAUUAGUAUAACAUUUAACGAAUUACUGCGGAUUCAUUGUACAGUCCUUCGUUGAGCUAACUGAGAUUAGCUGGUUAGCAAGCACGCAAGCUUCCUUUUUAAGAUGUAUUUUUGCUGAAAAUACGUCUGGAGAAGCCUAUUAUUAAAAGAACGCACAUUUAACAAGGGUCUUGAAGGAACGUGAAGAACCUUGACUGCAAGAUCACCAUGAAAAUUCGUAGCUAAUAUAUAUAGCCACACAGAUCAGUAAUAUCGUGAAUAAAAUGAGUUUAUUUAAAAAUUUCGAAAAUUGUGGGAUGAACUAGCAGACAGAACAACGACUAAUGCCGAUGGCUGCGGUUCCAUCUGAGUUACAAGGUCGCGGUCAGGCCGCUGUGGCAGUGCGGGUCGCCCAGGAUGUGAUGGAGAAAGCGGCGCAUGCUGCAGAUCUCCCAAGAAUGGACGAGUCGGGUCCAGGGCCCCCCACAUUCAGGUCGCAAUUGGAUGAGAGACCCCUGUUCCACAACAGCCGGAGACCACCCAGCGCUUCAGUUCCGUACGUGCUGUCCAAAAAUGGAGAGAGCGUGCCAUACACCAUCAACCGGUAUCUACGGGACUAUCAGCGCGAGGGUGUCCGGUUCAUUUACAACAGCUAUGCCCGAUCCCGGGGAUGCAUUCUGGGAGAUGACAUGGGGCUUGGGAAAACCAUACAGGUUAUAGCAUUCCUGGCUGCAGUUCUGCGCAAAACAGGAACAUGGGAGGAUGCUGAAAACAAUGUUCCACAUUUUUUACUAUCUCAAAGAUCAGCCAAACGAUGUAAAACUACUAAGGUGUUCCUGAUUGUGGCUCCCCUGUCUUUACUGUACAACUGGAAGGAUGAACUGGACACCUGGGGAUACUUCCGAAGCAUCGUUGUGCACGGAACCAGGAAGGAUGAGGAGUUUGCCCGCGUGCAGAGGGGGAGGUGUGAAAUCGCCCUAACCACCUAUGAGACACUGCGCCUCUGCAUGGACCAAUUCAACAGCAUCAAUUGGUCGGCCAUCAUCGUAGAUGAAGCCCACAAGAUAAAAAACCCCAGCUCUCAGAUAACUCAGGCCAUGAAGUGGAUGAAAUGCAGGGUGCGAGUGGGACUGACAGGCACCGUGCUACAGAACAACCUGGAAGAGCUGUGGUGUGUCAUGGACUGGGCCAACCCCAGUUGUCUAGGUACCCUGGAGAGUUUCAGGAGCCAGUUCGCUGAACCCAUCGAGCAGGGUCAGAGGCACAGUGCGACCAAGCGGGCUCUGGCCACGGGUAGGGAGGCGGUGCGGUCUCUGGCCAGGAGACUCUCCCGCUGGUUUCUGAGGAGGACCAAGGCUCUCAUCAGCGACCAGCUGCCCAGGAAAGAUGAUAGGGUCGUGUUCUGCUCAUUGACGGACUUCCAGCAGAUGGUGUAUCGCACGGUCCUGGAUUCUGAGGACGUCAUGCUACUUCUGCGCAGCGGCGAGAAAUGCUGCAGCAGUGGACGGCCCAGAAGCAAGUGCUGCUUCAAGAACAACUCGAAAGGUGUGGCGGUGAAGGACCUGUACUUCAGCUACCUGGCCAUCCUGAGGAAGGUGGCCAACCACGUAGCCUUGCUGCAGCCCAGUGAGGGCACUAGUAAAACGCAGGAGCAAUAUGUGAAUGAGAUCUGUGAAAAGGUUUUCCAGAAAUUUCCAGACUUUGUCCAGAGGUGCAAGCAGGCUGCCUUUGAGGCGAUGUCUGACCCAAUGUACAGUGGAAAGAUGAAGGUUCUGCAGAGCCUGCUGAAUCACUACACACAGAAGAAGGAUAAAGUGCUGCUCUUCUCUCUAUCCACCAAGCUCCUGGAUGUCCUGGAGAGCUACUGCAUGGCAGCUGGGCUGGAGUUCCGAAGGCUGGAUGGGGCCACCAGGUGUAAGGACCGAGUGAAGAUUGUCAAGGAGUUCAACAGUUCGCUGGAUAUCAACAUCUGCCUGGUGUCCACCAUGGCUGGUGGACUAGGGUUGAAUUUUGUGGGGGCCAAUGUCGUGGUGCUGUUUGACCCGACAUGGAAUCCUGCCAGCGACCUUCAAGCUAUUGACAGAGUUUACCGCAUUGGUCAGUACCGAGAUGUCACUGUACUCAGACUGAUUUCUCUAGGCACCAUUGAAGAAGUGAUUUACCUGAAGCAGGUUUACAAGCAGCAACUGGAGUCGGCCGUGGUGGGGAGGGAGCACGCCAGGAGGUACUUCGAGGCGGGGGCGGACGGUCGCACGGGGGAGCUGUUCGGGAUCCAUAACCUCUUCCGACUGCAGACCCAAGGCGCCUGCCUCACCAAGCAGAUCCUCGAGAGAGAAGGACGCUUGGAGGCAGGCAUGCUAACGGCAGAGACUGUAGCCAUGGAGGGAGCUGCACGGAGCGCACCUGAAGGGCAGCCCGGAAAAGUCCCCAUGAACGGCGACAGCAGAAGCAGAGCCGUUAAGGGGUUCGCUGGUGUUCUAGACUUCAGCAGCGCCAGCGAGGAUGAGGACGGACGUGGCGUCUGUAGGAACCCACCAUCCUCCCGCAGGGAUGAAGAGCUACACCCCGGUAGCGGGGUCUCCCCGGACCGGCUCGGCCUUCUCCACCAUGGACUUUCCAGUCUGCUCCAAGGGACCAGGGUGAGCAGCGGCAGUGAGAGUGAGGAGAGUACGGCAGACGAGGACGCCACGUCUCCCCAUUUGGGAAGACCGCCCACCCACAAGACAGGCCACAACUGGACUGUUUCAAGUGACUCUGAGGGGGAGGCAAUGGGACAGGAGAAGAAGGAUGUUGGCGUGACAGCCCAGUCAUCAAGUCCGUGCAGGAAGUCGAGAAGCAAGCGAAGGAGAGCAGGCCAUGCUGUGAACUCUGAGGAUUCCCUGGGGUCCGGGUCUGGGUCCAGGUCCUCCUCAGACAACCCUAGACAUGCCAAACACACGGUUCGACGCCAGAGCCACAGCUCACCGGUUCCUGAUAGCGACACGGAUGAGUCGGAUGACGUAGAGGUCUCGAAAGGCUCUGACCGUUACGGCGCUACGACCCGCUUUGGGGAUUCCGGGGAUGAAACUCGGAGUUGGAGCCGGAACAGUGACACAGGUCGAGGCAGAUACACAAAAGUGAAGGAGAGAGGGGCAAUGUGGCAGCGGGGGCAACCAGGCAAGGAGCCCAGCGUGGAGACCAUCGAUAAGUUGUUAGGGGGAGUGCAGGAGGUCAUCUACACACACUCUAAUCAGCGUGUUGUGGGCUCCAGCAGCACCGAGGCCCGCAUGAGCCGCGCUGCCGUGCGGGACGUCUUCCAGUACGGGAGGAAUACGCAGGCCCCAGCCAACCUGCUCCUGGACAGCCUGGAGUCGCUGUCGGCAGAUAGACUGCCACUGCCCCCCAGUCCCGCCAAAGAGAGAGGGGCACGGCAAGCAGCGGUGGAACAUCCCAGGCCCUCGGUGAAACACCCGGUCUCUCAGACCUUCCAGGCUGUGCUACGGGGCCGCAGUGCUACCUUCAUCUUUGGUCAGACACCUAACGCCCUCCGCAGACAGGACCUCCUCAGAGAAAAACCAGAUAAAAAAAGCAUCUACCAAACAUAUCCUCUAAUUAUAUAUUUAAGAAAAAGAAAAGGGAAAAGAAAAUGUGAAAGGGCCCAGGGAGGAAAUUCCCGCCAGUCCAGGGCUUCAUGCCAGUCCCAGCCACAGCUGUGGAGGACAGCCCCCCCACCCCAGUCCUGGGGGAGGGACCACCCCAGAGCGCCCCGUCCUUUCCCCCAAAAAUGCCACGUUUGGCUCCAUCCCUCCACGGCUGAUUUUCUGAGCCCCGGAGCGCAGAGCCCUGGGGUCCCUCCCACUCGGGCCCGGAUCUCCAGCCGAGGGCUGCGGAAGCAGCUGGCAGAUAUGGCCACAUACUUCCAGGCCUCCUCGACGAGGGCCUUUGCAGAGGAAGUGCUGAACAGCACCUCCAGCAGGCGGCAGGUCAUGCUUCAGGACUUCUACAGCUCCCGGGACCCCCAACUCAAGGCCCUCCUCCCCAAGGUCUUUCAGGACCCGGUACCACGGCAACCCAAGCCCCCCAUGUCAGCUACGCCAGAGCAGGCCUCAUCUUCCUCACGGACGAGUUCCAGGCCGGCGUCCAAAUCCAAAUCCCGGGUUAACUUCCAGACAUCAAGUUCGGCGCAGCAGAAACUCCCAGAGGGAAUGAAGGAAAAGAAGGGGGUUAUGAUCCCGUCUUGCGGUGGGGCCCCCAAAGACCCCAGUGUGAACAUGAACAGCCCCACCCCCGCUGAGGGUGACUCCACAGGCGAGCCCUCAGAAAAAUUGUAUGCAGAUGAAACCAAAGCCGCCCCAGCCUCCAACCUCCAAGGCCGAAGCCCUGUGCUGGAUCAGCAUGUGUCCAUGCCUGGUGGGGCAUUACCACCGAGGAAUGGAAAGGCACCAGUGACCUCCUCCUUCUCCGGCCUCGAACCAAGCUCCCACGUACCCCUCCUGUCAGAUUUGAUAGGAGACACCUCCAUCCUGGAUGACCUCUUCAAAAGAAAGACCAGGGUCGACCAAUCCACUGGCCUCUCCCCGUCACAUGCUUCAGGUCACGCCAAGAGGGCAAAGGUUCACCGCAAAGACUUCUGGGAUAUCCUCAGCGAAGGAAACGAGGAGUGCAUCAACAAGCUGACGGAUCUGUCUCAGGUAGAAAAGAUAUGUAACAAUACUAAUGUAGCUGCCAGAGCUAAGAAUGAUAAACAAGCUGAUGGCUCCCAGCUCUGGAGGAAGAAUGAAAAGUUCCUGUGGAAGAAGUAGGAGCUCUUUUUGGUAUUUUAAUACUUAUACAGUUAUGCGUAAUAAUGUAUUGCUGAGCAGGUUGGAGACUUUGCAGUUAUUUAUUGAAAAUGAUUAGCGAGUACCAUUGUUUACACAACAUGCCGAUGCAUAUUAGCUUUUAAAGGACUUUUCAGGUUUUAAGGAGUUUUAUAUACAUGUAUGAUGUUGGGGAGGGAAAUCCUGUGACUUUCAGAAACUUGAAUGUGUUGUUCUCAGUAGGUUUUAUUUACCGGACUUUUACAUGCGAAGUAAUUUUAACACAAAUGAAAUUUUGAAUUUGUAACUCAUCCUGUUUUUGUUCCUUGUGGCUCCAAAACAGUAAAGGACAGGAAUGGGUGUGCAGGCUCAUUUGUGCGUCAUCUGGCCUCCCAUUAAAAUAACCAUUGACUGUGA